GAUAAAUAAGGGGUGGACGAGAGAUGUUUUGGGGGUAACGAUAACAACGUCCAUCACAAUCUUGUUGAAAUAAAUAUCCAGUACUUUUAUAUGUAUCAACGGAUAAAAUUUUAGGACAAAUUGCACUCAAAAAUGGGGAAUACACAAAAGGCCCACCUUUUUCUUCUUCUUGGUUUUGUUCUUUUCUUUAUCUUAGCUGCGCAACCAUCCCCUCCGGUUUCUCCACCGCCUUCUCCAAAAUCAAAUGAAUGUGAAGACGGCUUAUAUUACUGUCCAGAACAUCAAACAUGUUGCUGUGGUGUAGAUUUCUAUGGCAUGUGCUUAGUUCAUGGAUGUUGUCCUCUUGAAAAUGGUGUUUGCUGUGAGGGAUCAAAUUUAUGCUGCCCAACUGAUUUUCCAUUUUGUGAUGUUUUAGAAGGCACAUGCCACAAGAACUAUGGAGACAAAAUUGGAGUUGCUGCAAGGAAGAGAACAAUGGCCAAGUUCAAGCUACCAUGGAGUAGUAGCGGUACUAAGGGAACAGAAGACGUGGACCAAACUCUCCAAUGGAAGAGGAAUCAGUUUUCUGCAAUGCGCUGAAAGAAAUUACCAAGUUAUUACAUGUUUUAUCAUCCCAAUGGGCACUCUUAGAGUGUUAAUCUGGAUCUUGUUGUCUAGUAAAGAUUGUAGAAAGAUAUGUACAAUUCAAAAGAAAAAAAUGUAAAAAAAUCAUUUGAUUAUCUAUAUAUAUAUAUAUAUAUAUAUAUAAUAAU